UAUGAACUUGUGGAAUUUAUUCACAAGAGAUAUUUUUUUACACGAAUAUAUCAACAAUUUCGUUAUUUUUAUAGGUUAAUUAUUCAGUGCGGGACAUUAGAAAUUCAAGAUGGCGCUGAAAAUAGCAGUGCACGAAAAGAUCACAAAUGAUGUUAUUCUGGCAGUUAAGAAACCAAAUGAGUGGAAGGUUUUGGUGGUGGACCAGCUUAGUAAACGGAUGAUCUCUAGCUGUUGUAGAAUGUGUGAGAUUAUGUCUGAGGGAAUCACAUUGGUAGAAGACAUUAAUAAACGGAGAGAACCACUUCCUCUUCUUGAAGCAGUUUAUCUUCUGACUCCAAUAGAAAAGUCUGUUCGUGCUCUGAUGGUAGAUUUCCAGAAUCCCAACAACACACAGUAUAAAAGUGCUCAUGUGUUUUUCACUGAAGCAUGUCCAGAUGAGCUGUUUAAUGAGUUAUGCAAAUCUUCAUCAGCCAAGUUUAUCAAGACAUUAAAAGAAAUAAACAUAGCAUUCCUCCCGUCAGAAUCACAGACUUACUCCUUAGAUUCUAGAGAAACUUUUCAGUUUUAUUAUAACCCAUUACGUACCGCCGGACGUACCAUCAACUUGGAAAGAUGUGCUGAACAAAUAGCCACACUGUGUGCCACAUUAGGGGAAUAUCCUGCUGUCAGAUACAGAAGUGAAUUUGACAAGAAUGCUGAGUUUGCUCAAAUGGUACAACAAAAAUUAGAUGCCUAUAGAGCAGAUGACCAUACUAUGGGAGAGGGCCCACAGAAAGAUCGAUCCCAGUUGUUAAUUUUAGAUCGUGGAUUUGAUCCAAUAACACCAUUAUUACACGACCUACAUUUCCAAGCCAUGGCUUAUGAUCUACUGCCCAUUGAAAAUGAUGUUUACAAAUAUGAAAAUAAUGUUGGAAAUGAUGUAGUUGAAAAAGAGGCACUGCUAGAUGAGACAGAUGAAUUAUGGGUAGAACUUAGACAUCAACACAUUGCCAUAGUAUCACAACAAGUAACAAAACAGUUAAAACAAUUUGCUAAGGAUAAAAAAAUGACAGAUGGAGAAAAAGCCAAUAUUAGGGAUCUAUCUCAGAUGUUAAAGAAAAUGCCUCAAUAUCAGAAAGAAUUAAGUAAAUACUCAACACAUUUACAUCUAGCUGAAGACUGCAUGAAAAUCUACCAGAAACAUGUUGACAGAUUGUGUAAAGUAGAACAGGAUUUAGCAAUGGGAACAGAUGCUGAGGGAGAGAAAAUAAAAGACCAUAUGAGAAAUAUUGUACCUAUAUUAUUAGACCAACAUAUAACGGCAUACGAUAAAAUAAGAAUAAUAUUAUUAUAUAUAAUACAUAAAGGAGGUAUCUCAGAUGAAAAUUUAUCCAAAUUGGUUCAGCAUGCGCAGAUUCCGCAGGAAGAGAAGUGUAUUAUAACUAACAUGCAAAACUUAGGAGUACCGAUCGUACAAGAUGGCCAAGGUAAAAACUUGAGUGGAAUUUUAGAUGAUUGUUCUAGUUACGGGACAUUUCAGUCAAUAGCCCAGGGUGGCAGAAAGAAGGCAUCACAACCGUAUCAGCCAUUUAACAGGAAAAAGCAAAUAGAAGGGACAUACCAAAUGUCUCGGUGGACACCAUACAUCAAAGAUAUUAUGGAGGAUGCUGUUGAAGAAAAGUUGGAUAACAGACAGUUUCCAUUCCUCUCUGGUGGUGCUCCAAGAUCAGGAGGAUUUAAUAAACCUACCAUAAGUAGUGCUAGAUAUGGGGUUUGGCACAAAGAAAAAGUCCCCCCAAGCUACAAGAGUGGACCAAGACUGAUCAUCUUUAUUAUGGGAGGUUGUUCCUAUGCUGAAAUGAGAACAGCAUACCAGGUGACACAGUCAUGUAAAAAUUGGGAAGUUUUAAUAGGUGCUACUCAUUUAUUAACACCUGAAGGUUUCCUGGAAGAUUUGAAAACUGUAAGCAACUGAUGAAAUGGCAUAGUAAACCAGAUGGACGAGAACUGAUGCAACCAAAAACAUAACAUAUAUAGAUGUUGUAUAACUGUGUUGUUAAAGAUUGUUAUACAUUUCUAUAAGACGGUGUUGUCGUUUAUCCUAGUGAUAUGUAUUCAAGCUGCUUAUAGAUGUGAUACGGAUGGACACAUAGAAUUAUUAAAAAAAAAAAUUUUCAUUUUAUGUGUGUAAAAUAAGCUGAUAAUUAGCUUUUUUUCAUGCAUACCUUAGAAUUAUUUAACAUUGAUAGUUCAAACACCAAAGUGGCUGUCUACAAAGUUUAUAGUUAUAAUAAGUGUUAGGUCGUAGCUUGUGUACUUUCAUAAAACAGGAAAUUCUUGAAAUCCUCUGGUCUUAUUGUUACAUUUGGGAGACUUGUUUAACAGAUCUUUUGUUGCCUCUCAGCAGAAGACUUGGUGAUACAUCAAUGGUUUAUUUUAUGAUAGGUAUACAUUUUAAAUUUAUAAAAUGAAUAUCCUGGAAAACAGGAAUUUCCUGUUGAAUUAGUAUCCAUGGAAUCAUUUAAAUUGACAGUAUUUAAUUUCCAUUUUAAUGGUAUCUAUCAUGUCUUUUCUUCUCCAUCAUGCUAAGAUGAUAUUUUUUAUAUACAUUGGAAUUCAUCCUCAUUUUUGUUAUAGAUUUUGCAAAACCUAAUUCAGUUCAAUGUUUAAACUCUUAAUCUAUUUCAUAUUGAUUCAAGUGAUUUUACCUAAGUUCUCCUUGAGCAAUUUUGAUUUUAAUAACAAUCCAUUUUUGAUAGCUCUUGAUAGAAUUAGAUUAAUCUUACUUAAGUGGACUAGGUUGAGAUGUUUUCAUGGUGAGAAGCGAGAAUUUUUAAUCAUUUCAAUUAUUCUGUGAUAUUAAACAUUCCUGUUGUAAAGUUACAUACAGUUUUAAUCAGUAUGAAAAGUAUAUUUCAUUUUUUACUGACAUAUAUAAAGUAAUGAUGUUCUUGGCAUUGUCAAAAAUAAAGGUUCUUGGCAGUAUUAAGUAUAAAUGUUCUUGGCAGUGUCAUGUACUAAUGUUAUUGGUAGUGUCAAGUAUAAAUGUUCUUGGUAGUGUCAAGUACUAAUGUUAUUGGUAGUGUCAAGUAUAAAUGUUCUUGACAGUGUCAAGUUCUAAUGUGCUUGGCAGUAUCAAGUUCUAAUGUGCUUGGCAGUGUCAACUUCUAAUGUGUUUGGCAGUGUCAAGUUCUAAUUUGCUUGGCAAUGUCACAUACAAAUGUUCUUGGCAGCGUCGAGUAUAAAUGUUCUUGUCAGUGUCAUGUCUUAUUAUGCUUGGCAAUGUCAAGUACUAAUGUUAUUGGCAGCAUCAAGUGAAAACAUUCUUUACAGUGUCAAGUAUAAAUUUCUUGGCAGUGUAAAAAAUACAGUAAUGAUCUUGGCAGUGUCACAAAUAAAUGUUCUUGGCAGUUUCAAAUAUUAGUGUUCUUCACAGUGUAAAAAAUUAAUACAAUGUUCUUGGCAGUGUCAAGUACAUUUUUGCUAGUGGUUUGUAGGUAUAAAUUUCCAUGGCAGUGUCAAAAAAAAUGUUCUUGGCAAUGUCAAAUAUUGGUGUCAUCUACUGUGUCAAAUAUUUAUUAAUGUUCUUGGCAAUUAUAAAAUAUCAGAGUUCUUGGCUAAUGAGCAGAUGGAAGGAAAUUGUAAUUGCAUUAUUAUUAAAUCAUUUAUUAUGUUUAAGACAGAAAAUUGUAAUAAGGAUUAGGUCCAAUAUGUUAAUGUUUUACACUAAAUAGGCAGUCCAGCUAAAGCUAGCAACAACAAUAGUUCAUUGCAACCACAAGUCCUAUUUGAUCCUGACAAUCUUGGCCUAAAUUUACUCUGGAUAGAUUAAAGAAUUUUUAAAUCCUCAAACUCCCAUCUGUUGUACAUGAUUUACAACGUUUUCAACAACUGUCAAUUUAUUAGUCAUAUUUUAAUAUUUGUUAAAUUUAGUAAUAAUAGUAUUGUAAAUAUUUAUAUAUAAGUAUUGAAUAUUUUUUCACAUUUUCUGGAUGAUAAAUAAACGUCACAGUAUAUAAAAGGACAAGGAUUUAUAACCGUGAAAAUAAAUAAAACCAAUAACACUAUUUGAUAACAUUUAUCGCAGUUAAAAAAAGAAUCGUAAUUAUGAUUAUCUUUUUUUAAAGAUAAUUAAUAAAAAUGAUAAAAAUCUUAAUAGCUUUAUAGAAUGCCAAAAAUAAACUUCAUUGUUGCAUCAUCAACGUUAUUUAAUGGUCUAUAUUCAAAGCUUGUGGACAGAAAGAAGAUAUUUGCCAAUCAAUCAAUUACAUGUUACUUGUAACCAGUCUGUAAAAUGAAGUAAAAAAUAGGACAAUUUAAAGAGAUACCUUGGUUCAGAAAGAUAAUUCUUUAAUCAGUGCUCUGCUUCAUCCCAUAUGGAUUUUACUAAUCCUCUAUGGAUACGUGGGGGUCAGUAGCACUAUGGAUCCGUGGGGGGUCAGUAGCAAACCAUAUAACUUAUGAUCAGUUUUUAUGUUGGUUUCAUCUAUGCUUUUUAAGCAUUUUUUGAAAAACAGAAUUAAAACAAUCUCGGGAAAACAACAUUUGUGUUGUGUAUUUAUCAUCCAGACAAUCUAUUGGCUUUGGCAUUAUAUGUGUGUAUAUACAAUUCUGUGUGGAGUUCUAGUGCAAUAUUUUCUAUGUUAUUCUUUUCUACACAGCAUUGUACACGUUUUUAGUGUUAAUUAUGUAUAUUUAGUCUUUGUUAUUCUUGUAUAUUAAUCUGUUUAAUUUGUCUACAAUCACAUUGUCUUGUUCUGUGUGUUUAUAGGAUGAUUAUAUAUCUUGUCAUUAAGGAUUUACCCGUACUACAUUAUGGUCAAUUUUCAUGAAUAGGGAGCUGCCAUUUGAUUUUUAUGGGUGGCUAGGAUGAAAAAUUUUGUCCUGCAUUUUUUUUUAGUUGUAAUCUCUGUCCAACUUUUUUAUUUUUCACUCUAUUCGGUCCUGCAUUUUUUUUUCAGUUUAUCCUGACUUUUUUUACAUAAAUUGUCAUACUGCCUUUUUUUUUUCAAAGUGUCUCAUCCUACCUUUUUUUUUACUCAAAACUCCUGUCCUGCCUAUUUUUUUCAAAUUUCAUCCUAGCCCCCCAUACAAAUCAAAUGGUAGCUCCCUUAUGCUAGAUUUUCAGAUUUUGAAACAUGUAGCCAUUUUCAGGUAUUUCAGACAUAAACUGACCAUGUAAUUAUUUUAAAAAGACCUGGAAAUUCUUUGCAAAGGGAAUGUCAUUACUUUGGAAAAUUUGUUAAUUCUCUUCUAGUUAAUUUUUAUAGAGGAUUGAAACAGUUUCUAUGGGGUUUAAUUUUUGUUUUUAUUUAUGUUUGUUUGAAAUAAAGUAACAAACUUAUGAUCAGUUUUAUUUUUUUCAAAAUUUAUUAAUAUGUGAUGGCUAUAGUGGCCUAUAUACAUUAAAACAAAGAUGUUUCAUAAUUUUGAAAUUUUAUAUCACUCUCUGUUAAAAUGAUAUUAAAGUACAAAUCCAUCUUAAAUCAUGCUAAAGGUGAUUCAAGGCUGGAAAGUCUACAAAUAUUUAUUUCAAUAUGCCAAGUUAAAAGGAUAGCUGCAUACUACUAAUUUUAACCUAAAUUAAAGGAAUAUAAAUUAUAGAGAAUGCACUAGGAAAUCAGUGAUGGAAGACAACUUCUUUUUCUGCAGUUCAUUUCUUUGUAACUUUUGAUUCGAUUUUGGAACUUUUAAAAACAGGCAAAAUAGAAAAACCAAUGUUCAUUCCAUGAUGUGUACACAACAGUAAGUAAAACAUCAAAUUUAAAUAUUUGUAGGCUUUAUUCAUGUGAAUCACUUAGUUUGAUUAUGAUAUGGACUGAUACUUUUAAAAACACUUACGAGAAGAAGUAAAAAAUAGCUAAAUAUUACUAUAUAGUAUGGAAAUAUAAAGAAAUAGAGUAUUGAUCAUUAUAUUAUUUGUUAUUUAAUGCAUUUAUCCUUGUCUCAGCAUUUACCGUGUUAUACUGCAGUUUUACUGUUAAAUUUGAGCUAGUUGUCAGUUGUAAGACAAAAUCCAUUUGACUUCUGAUAUCUCAAGCAUAGAAUUGUAUAAAUUUAGGACAAGCGGAACCUCAUGAAAAAUUAUUUUUGAAAUUUAGUGCAAAAAUGAAUUGGUCCCAUCAAGAUUAAAAAUUUAAAGUCUUUUUUCCAAAUGAAAACAAUUUUAUAGGAUUACAGGUUUCUUUUAUUUUAUUAAAUGUUUGGUUACCAUUAUCAAGACUUCGAAAAAAAACAAGAAAGGAUAAGUUAUGCUUAUUUAUAAUUUUUAUGAAAGAGAAUAAUUUUUUUAUGAUCUAUAAUCACUGUCUAUAAGAAUAUUAAAGUAAGUAUUCUUAAGAUCUGAAAAAAGUAAGACAUAAUAAUGAAUACUUUAAUUGGAGAGUAAGGUUACAGCUUUACGUAAACAAGUUGAUGUAGUAAUUAUGGUUAUGAUAUCUUAUUAUAGCUUUAUAAACAUCUGUAUCUGAUUUCCUUUCGUAAGUUAUAGAUGAAUAUGGUCAUUCUUUAGAAGUCAUAUACUUAGGUUGUAACCAAUGUAACGGGAAGAAAAUGUCUAAAUUGAUCUUAAUGUGAAACUUCUUAGUGCCAGCGAGAGAAACUUAUCUCAGUUAUUAAUAAUUUUAAACAAAGUGCAAUGUAUAAAAUAUGUUUUUCUCUUUUUGAAAUACAUGUAGUUAAGUUAUAAUGCUAUUGAAAUAGCUAUAAUUAUCUGUAUAACCUUACAGCAUUAUAAUACAAAUAGCUGUAAUUUUCUUCCUUACCUUAUGGCCUUUUGUCCCACCUUGGACGAAGAGGAUAGGUAGGUAGGUAGGUGUCUUUAUAACCGGUUAAAACCAUUAGAUAAUUAGAGAUUAGAAGUCAUUUUCAACUUUCCUUCCUGCGGUAGUUUAAAAGAGAAGUAACAGUACAUUUCCAUCUGAAUUUUGCUUUAAACUUGGCUAUGUAGUAUGUAAUUGAAAUCCAAAGAUAACAGACAUCCCUCCUGAUGUGAGGAACUUAUUUUCUGAUUUAUUUUGUUGACAUUGCAAUAGCGCGAAUGCUUUCUCUUUCUGGGAGAAAAUGUUCAUUCCAGAGGACGAGAAAAUAAUGUUAACAAAGAAAAAUAGUUGAUUGUGUAGAGUGAUAUGUUAUAUCUCUUAAAGUUAUUUAAUGUUUUAUUAUAAAGAAUUGCUUUAACUUUUUUUUAACUUACUCUACUGUAAUAGGAGAAAUAAAUGACAUAACUAAUG